AUGGACGACAGCUCACAGAACCCAGCGGAGCGAACACCACCACAGCCAGCACCAGUGAACCCCAUUAGCUCUUCCCAGCGCAGGAACUCCUCUCACGUCCGCCCCACCAUCAUCCUCAAGCGUAAGUCCAAUAUAGGCCCCACGGAUCAAUCUGAAAAGCCAGUGGAGACCACAAAGUCGUAUGCCCAGAUGGUAACAAAGGCAAUUAAAUCCACAGAAGCCCCCAGUGCCUCCCUCGACCGAGGAGGCUACGACGAGGCUUUCCCAAGCCUGGGAACUGAACCCACGGCAAAAGUUACUAGCCCGGACAGUGCAGGACCUGUUAAACCUCCGAUAUCAACGCGAAAAGCUGAAGGUCAUAAGAAAGACUUUGUUCCUUUCACCCCCGAUAACUCGAACAAAGCACAAGCACCUAGCACGCUAAUACCCCACAGACGUAACAUUAGUCACGGGGGUUCAAGGGAGAUCCGGAACCAGUAUAUACCCCGGCAGGUGGCCCGGAGUGUAUCUUUUGGUGGCGGGGGUAAACCGCACUUUGGCCUUGCUCAGGGUGCGGCGAGAAAGGUGUCCCCUUUCCCCGCUCAGAAAGUCAGAGGGCAAAGUUCUGGACACCAUAAUCCCCCGAAAUCCUACAUAGAGGGUAGCAGUGCCGGGCCGGGGGAGGAGAAGGAAGGACACCGUUUUCAUAACCCGCCCACUCAGCCAGCUAAUUUCGGGGGGUAUAGGGGCUCUCUUCGGAGGCAUAGUUCUUACACUGCCCGUGGCCGUGGGAGGUCACCUACAUCUCCUAGAGGGGCCCCUCCUGGCGGACUAAGUUGGCGUCACGAGAGUUGGCUUAACAGGAAGAAGAGCAUUGUAGCGCAUACCAGCAACCGUAUCGAUGAAAUAAGUCCACCAGAGAAGCCUUCUCCUGUAUCACCCGUGGGGGGAAAGCCAGCCGGGGCAACAACCGGAGCAUCAGAUAUCACUCGCCAGGCCUUGGAGCACAGCACAGAUGAGACUAGCUUGGAGCGGGGCCCUGAGGAGGAAGGAGCGGAAUCACCCACGCCAUCACCCGGGGGUAGGGGCGUUCUCCGUCCGGAGAGUGGCCAUCAAGGUGAGAUGGGACCCGUCAUGCAAACCCCGAUAGCCGGAACAGUCAGCGUUGCAAAGGACCGCACCUCUCCCUUUUCUAGCGGUUCGCCCACUGUUGGCCCCCGAGGUGACGACACCUCAGCGCUCAAAUCCCGUGACACACGCAAAAACGCGCAACAAUUGGAUUUGCAGUCGUCGGCACCACCACCACCACCACCACCCGCUCUCAACCCCCCAACUUCAAACACUUUCCGCCGUCCAGACCCUCCCGGUUUUCUACCCCCUGUAUUUGUGCUUCCACCGAUACCAAGUUACCUCCAAAGUGACAUUGGCAGCAACAAAAACCAAGAAAAUACCUCACCCAUGUCUCAUCAAACCGAACAAGCUCAACGCCCAAAACUCUCGGCGGACGAGUAUUUCGGGCUACACGGCCACCCUUCCAGGCCUCUAAACACCGCCGAACUUCUUGCUUCUAUUUCCGCCACACUGGGCGACAAAAGGGCUACCACGGGCAUCGCGGAUACUAUGGCCGAUAUAAAUGAGAGAGAAGGGCCAAGUGGGCCCUCUAAGGCUGUCCAAUACGCACCGACGGUUCAAGACAAGGCAUCCAAGGCGCUUUCGGGUCACGAGAAGGUCAACUUUGGGGACAUGGAUUCUAAGAAAGCCGCUCUCGCAUCUAGCCAAGCUGCGUCCGGAAAUUCUGCAUUCAAUUCAUCCGCCAGUUCCACGGAUCAGCAAACUUUGUUAGCAAUUUAUUCUCCCGAAGUUAGACUUCCGCCCGGGCCAACUCAACCUCCACCCGGGAUUCCACUCCCCCCCGGACUUCCAAUUCCAGCAAGCUACUACCAGCAACAGAGUAUCACCCCCCAAACCGGACCCGGAGAUAUUUCAUUCUCCCAGCCGAGAGAGAAAAAGGCUCUCUACGCUCAACCCAUCGAUAAUCCCCAGCCACCGCCAGGACAAUAUCGCCAGCCUUAUCCAGCCAUGGGUCCCUUCACCGUCGGUCAACGUAGCAACGAUAAUGAGUAAGAUUGAGCCCAUCAAUUAUUCCAUACCCCUUUUUGCCAGAAGUUUGAUGGCUAACUAGAAAAAAAGUUCAUACCUGGAUCUGGGCGUAACGGACACGGAAAUCAAAGUUAUCAACGAGACAUUCCAAAGAUUCGGACAGACUGACAAGGAAGAAACGCCUUCGCUUACCGACCGUUACGGGAGGAGGGGUGCGGUGAGUGGGCAAGGCGGUAGCUCAAAAGGCUGUAAGCCAGCAGGCUUCCCUGGUAACCUGAAGGCUAUCGGAAAGGACAAUCCCAAAGAUCGGUUCGAGGAGGUUUUUGGCGCAAAAGGAAAGGUAUCUAUCGAGGUGCUCCAGGGGCGCCAAAAGGAGGUAUUGGUUGCCGAACGAAUCCGCAAUGAGAGACUUGCUGCUGAAGACGGGGAAAAGAUCCCAGAGACUGUGACAGGCAAUACGGGAUUGUUCCCUUAUCCCACGCACGGAAAGAGCGAUAGCGAGACCACGAAGGAGCUUCUAGUAGAGGCGUUCAAGCAGCUUAGUUCGUACAUAGAUGAUAAAGGUGUCAUCAAUGAUCCGGCUACUGGGGAGAAUGUGAAGCCAAGUGCUUAUCGGGCUGGGCCGUGGAAGAAGCCCCCCGCGGGGGAAACCCUGGACUGGAUCAGCGACGAUAAUACCAGCUUCUUUGAUCAGUCUUUCGGUAAAGAUUUCGUCGCCGAGGGAAAGCAAACUGCGGGUGGGGGGAGUCCUUCCAACAAGCCGGUGAUCUACGAUGUCAAACUCAAGCAAACUGUUGAACAGGGUGGGGCCAGAAACACUGGGGGUUCUUCGAACCCGUCAGCUGGCGGGGAUCUCGCUGCCAAGGAUAAGCGCCGUGUCUAUCAGGGGCAAGAUUCGAAAGCACCUUGUAAUGUCAUCUUUGGUCCGCCUAAACCCCCGGGAUAUCCCAACCACAUGCCUAGGGAACACCUCCGCCCUCUUAAGACCUUUGAGCCUUUUAAGAAUGACUAUCCUAAGGUGAGAUACGGUCUCCUCCCGCCAAAUCCGAGGAGCAUCAAUACUGCUGAAAAGCCCUAUAUCAACCAUCGUGGAGGAGCGGUGGGGCCUGUCGCCGAUUCUGCGCCCCGAUACGUCUACGGACCUAAGGGCUAUCUGGAGCUUGCAAAGGAUAUUCCUCCUCCCCCACCAGCUGAUCCAUCCCCCUUUAGUCAACCUAAAGUCACUCCCUCUCCCUUUGCGGCGUUGGAACAAGCUCUAGGAACCACCCGCUUCACUCAACUAGUCCCCCAACACAGUCGCCUGGAAGGUCCCAAACCUCCCCCAGGAGCAAAGCCAACCGGAGGUUUAGUUACAGAUACCAUCAACGGGUUGCUUCGCGUCAAUUACGGAGGAAAACAAACUCAGCUUGACCCAGACGGUAGUGGCCUUUCUCGCAGCGAAAUCUUAAAACGCAAGCAACGCCCCGGGUCACGCAUCGGAAUUAAUUUCGAUGGGUCAAAUGGGAUGGAAUUUGAUAUAGACAAGACUGAUUUUAACCCCGCCGAGCACAAUACACUAGGCGGCAAGUUCAAGCUCAAGUCUCAGCUGCGUAGGGAACAAGAGGUAUUGCGGGCCCAACUUCCCCAGCAGUCCCAGCAGUCUGGAGGUGCCCAACCAGCUACACAUGCCAAAGGAAUCCCUGUUCAAGGUGGGAGCUCUGGCCCAGGCUCCGGGACCCGUUUGAUGUUUGAUGUGCCUCCCGGUGGGGGUCCGCGGCCAGUCCCCAGCACCCCAGGAAACUGGGCCGCCCAAGGCAUCCCAGAGGCAAAAAGGGGCGUGAAAGGUUGGAACAGCGGAAUGGGGGGGAGAUAA